AUGACUCCAGGAGGGAGUCUUCCCGUUACGCCUCAUCACGAACGAGAGGAUCCCUUCGCGACUCCAAACACCGACCGACAGAACCCAUUCAGUGCGACUGCCACACCAGGUGUUUCGCGACCUGGAUCACCAUUUCUCCAGCCUACGGCACAAUCAUUGACUAAUCCACCAAUCAACAAAUGGAGGUUUAUCGCGUCUUUCACCGAGUUCAUGACGCUUGGACUCCACGAUGGCGCAAUCGGCGCGUUACUCCUCUACUUGGAGAGUUACUACCAUAUCGGCUACGUCCUCGUCUCCGUCAUCUUCUUGUCGAACGCAUUCGGAUACAUCAUCGGUGUCGUAGCCGGUCCAUACAUCUUCAACCGUUUCGGGCGGUUUUAUACGAUCGGCGCAGGUGUAGGAUUACAGUUCUUGACGUACGCGUUGAUCUGCUGGAGACCGCCGUACCCGUUGUUCAUUAUCGCGUUCUGUUUUGCCGGGAUUGGGUUUGCGCUCAUGUUGGCACAGGUCAACGUCUUUCAUGCUGCGCUGCAGAACAGUACGACGCUGUUGGGAUACCUGCACGGCGGGUACGGAUUGGGAGCGACGAUUGCGCCGUUGAUUGCGACGCAGAUGGUGACAAGGGGUGUUCCGUGGAAUUAUUAUUUCUAUAUCAUGGUCGGUGUGACGGCAAUGAGUAUGGUGUUCAUUUUAUGGGCGUUUAAGCCUCGUCCGGAGGAUGCAGCGUAUGAGCUGGCGCAGAGACGGGGCUCGCUUAUGGGUUCGAAUGAAGAAGCGAAGCCACAGGGUCUGAAGACAGCGUUGAAGAAUCGUACGACCGUGAUCACGGCAAUCUUCCUUUGCUUUUAUCAGGGAGCAGAAGUUUGUCUUGGGGGCUUCCUGGUUGCGUUCCUCGUCCAAGCCCGCAACGGUGAUCCGACGGCUGCUGGAUGGGUUGCGACUGGGUUCUGGGGUGGUAUCGUCGCUGGCCGAUUCCUCCUCGGCCAUGCGAGUGCAAGAUGGGGUGAGAGACUAUGUAUCUUUGUCUACAUUGGUGCCUCGAUGGCCAUGCACCUAAUUUUCUGGCUAGUACCACAGUUCACCGUGGAAGCUGUUGCGGUGUCAUUGGUAGGAUUUGCACUGGGACCAAUCUAUCCGACAACGGUGAGUUGGUUCACAAAGGUCGUGAAUCGGAAACUGCAUGUUGUGUGCAUGUCGUUCAUGUCUGCCGUUGGCUCAUCCGGCGGUGCCAUCUUCCCCUUCGUCGUUGGGCUGGGAGCCCAGGUCAAGGGUCCCUCUGUCGUGUCUCCGGUCGUGAUUUCGUUGUUGUCCUUGAUGACCGUCUUUUGGUUCGUGCAGCCAAAGGUUCAGCGGCAUGCUGAGUGA